AUGGCUUUUCGGCGGAACACGAGAGCUCACAACUACGAGGAUCCGAAUCCUAGAGGUGAGGGAGCAGCGGAUCCGAAUGUUCCCCCGGCAGUUCCUGGAGGGGUAGCACCCCCGUGCCCUCAGGCAGCUUCUCAGGGAGUUCCCCAGGUGAAUCCCCAGGUGGCGUUAUUAGCUGAGGCAUUGCAAGUAUUGCUGGAUAAUGCGAAUGGAGCCGGUGGAGCUCAAGUGCAGCAGCCUCGCUGGGCACAAAUUCCGCAAGAGGAGGUGAGUGAGAGGCCUACUGCGGCCGAGGAAUGGGUCAGGGAGUUGGAAGCCCUUUAUGUGUAUCUGGGGUGCUCCGACGAUUUCAAGGUCCGGGGAGCAGUGUUUAUGCUUCGGGGAGAAGCAGUAAAUUGGUGGGAGUCGGUGGCGGCAGCAGAGGAUCACGCCAACGUACCCGUCACAUGGGCAAGAUUUAAGGACCUACUCUAUGAGUACUAUUUCCCCGUGACUGUCAGGAAUGAAAAACGGGUAGAGUUUCUCCGUCUCACUCAAGGAAGCCUAACUGUGGCCGAAUACGAGAGGAAGUUCACUGAGCUGUCCCGUUUUGGAAUGCAGUAUAUUCCUACUAAGCAAUUAAAGAUUGACAAGUUCAUUGACGGUCUGCGUAGGGAGAUCAAGGGGCUACUUGUUCUCAAGGAACCAACUACAUAUGCAGCGGCAGUCAGGUGUGCUUUGGUUAUGGACAAAUGUCUUGAGGAGCCUCAGUCUCAGCAGGUGAUAGGCUCCAGCUCGGGGGUCAAGAGGAAAUUUGCAUCGUUCUCCUCCAGUCAACCCUCAAGAAGACACCAGCAUCAUGUGCAAAGGCAAACUGCUCCUCCGGUGUGCCCCUCUUGUAAGAAAAGCCAUGCUGGGCCAUGUUGGGUGGGAAAAAGAAUAUGUUACAGGUGCCAGAAGGAAGGACAUUUCGCAAGGGAGUGUCCGAUGACCGGCUCGAAUACCCAAGCUUUAGGCCAGAGGAUCCCUGCGACAGCGGCAGCUCAAGGUGGGACCCAUAGGGCGCGCGUCUUCGCUCUCACCAGGGGGGAUGUUGAGUAUGCCGAGGCGGUGGUCACAUGGACUGUUUUAGUGCUUAGUAUGCCUGCUUACGCAUUAUUUGACUCUGGAUCUAGUCAUUCUUUCAUUGCUUCUACCUUUGUUCUACAUGCGGACUUAGAGCUAGAAUCAUUAGGCUUUUUGUUGUCGGUAUCCACACCGUCAGGAUCUGUGUUGGUCACUAGUCAAGUGGUGAAAGGAGGCCAGCUCUCUUUCGAUGGUCAGACCUUGGAGGUGAAGUUAAUCCAACUGGAUAUGCAGGAUUUCGAUGUGAUACUAGGCAUGGAUUGGUUAGCUGCUAACCGGGCUAAUAUUGAUUGCUCGAAGAAGAAAGUUAGCUUUCGCUUGCCCUCCGGACAAAACUUUACCUUUAAAGGAGUCAAGGCCGGGGUCCCGAGGGUGGUGUUAGCAUUGAAGGCUAGCCAUCUUCUCCAGCGUGGUGCCUGGGCCUAUUUGGCUAGCGUUGUGGAUGCAAGGAAGGUUGUGCCGAGCAUUGAGGCGACAUAA